AUGAUCCAUAUUGUCUUGUCUAAAGAGAUUGUGGCUUGCAGCGGCACGGGCUACAUUGGCUCGUUCACAUCGCUGGCGCUCCUCGAGAACGGCUACGAGGUCGUGAUUGUCGAUAACCUCUACAACUCGUCCAAGGUCGCUCUCGACCGCAUCGAGCUCAUCUGCGGCAAGCGCCCCGCCUUCUACCAGGUCGAUGUCACCGAUGAGGCCGCCCUCGACGAUGUCUUCUCCAAGCACCCAGACAUCGACAGCGUUAUUCACUUCGCUGCCCUCAAGGCCGUCGGCGAGUCAAGCGAGAUCCCCCUCGAGUACUACCGCGUCAAUGUCGGCGGCAGCAUCAGCCUGCUGCGCUCCAUGACCCGCCACAAUGUCACCAACAUUGUCUUCUCGUCGUCUGCCACCGUCUACGGCGACGCAACCCGCUUCCCCAACAUGAUCCCCAUCCCCGAGCACUGCCCCAUCGGCCCGACCAACACCUACGGUCGCACAAAGUCUAUGAUCGAGAACGUCAUCGAGGACCACAUCACCGCCCAGCGCAACAACGCGAAGAAGGCCGGCAAGCCCUACGAGCAAUGGAACGGCGCCAACCUGCGCUACUUCAACCCCUGCGGCGCCCACCCCACCGGCAUCAUGGGCGAGGACCCCCAGGGCGUGCCCUACAAUCUGCUGCCGCUGCUCGGCCAGGUCGCUACGGGCCAGCGUGAAAAGCUGCUCGUCUUCGGCGACGACUACGCCUCGCGCGACGGCACCGCCAUCCGCGACUACAUCCACGUGUGCGACCUGGCCAAGGGCCACCUGGUGGCGCUCAACUACCUGCGCGAGAAGAAGCCCGGCGUCAAGGCCUGGAACCUGGGCUCCGGCCGCGGCAGCACCGUCUUCGAGAUGAUCAAGGCCUUCAGCGCGGUCGUCGGCCACGACCUCAAGUACGACGUCGUCGCCCGCCGGCAGGGCGACGUCCUCGACCUGACGGCCAACCCGGCGCUGGCCAACGAGGAGCUCAAGUGGAAGACGGAGCUCAAGAUGGAGGACGCCUGCGCGGACCUUUGGCGGUGGGUCAGCAACAACCCCAAGGGAUACCGCCAAGAUCCGCCGGCGGAGCUGCUAGAGGCGCUGAAGAAGAAAUAG